GUCUUGAGUCUGGCGGUGUUCCUGCUGGAGUGGCUGGAUCUUUAAACUUCUUAGUACCAUGGGAUGUUUUGAAAGUCUCUUAGGCUUCUGCAAAACCUUUGAAAGAUCGGUGCCUUUAGUGCAAUGCAUCACAGCCUAGGAAGCUUGAAUUAAACUUCUGGGUUUCCAAUCGCAGUUUCAAGUUUGGGGUUCUUAACGGUAGCUAUGGCUGGAGUGUACAGUUCUACCAUGAAGACUUUGGAAGACCUGACCCUGGACUCCGGCUAUGGAGCAGAGGACUCUUGCAGGUCCCUCAGCCUCUCAUCCUCCAAGUCUAACUCGCAGCCAUUGGCGUCUUCCCAGCAUCGCGGUACCUGGUGGUAUUAUUCUGGCUCCAUGAACAGCAGGAAUAGCAGCUGGGACACCAUGAACUCUGCUUUGACAGAGGACCCAGACCUGGUGGACCUUUUCUCCAGGUGCCACCGGCUCCCAGAGCUGGAAGAGUUCCCCUGGACAGAUGAAGACAUUGGCAAGCUGCUGAGGACUGGGAAAGGUGAUGGUGGAGUCAAGUGGGACUUCUCCCAGGAUGCUGUCAGGAGGAUGUCUGUCUUACUGAGGAGACCUCUGAUCAGGAUUUCUAGGGAAGCUCAGCGACUUAGUGUCCUCCAUGCCAAAUGCACCCGCUAUGAGAUCCAGAGCGCCAUGAAACUCAUCCUGAGUUGGGCACUAUCCCAGAGUUGCACCCUUGCCACAGUUCGGGCAAUGUCCCUCUACAGCAUGAGUGCUGGGGAUGGCUUGAGGCAGGGCAAGUCUGCAAGAUGCGGCCUGUCUUUGUCGGUUGGCAGGUUCUUCAGGUGGAUGGUGGACACAAGGAUAUCUGUUAGGAUCCAUGAGUAUGCCGCCAUCUGCCUGACCUCCUGCAUGGAGAACCUUUUAGAGGAGAUCAGGAACCGUGUAGUGGCCAGCCAAGGAACUGAUGGGGCAGAGAUCACUCUGGAUGCCUUGGAGAUGGCAAUCAACAAUGAUGCUGAGCUGUGGGGGGUCCUACAACCCUAUGAGCACUUAAUCUGUGGGAAGAAUGCCAAUGGUAAGAGAUUAACUAUAUUUUCUCUCAAUGUUAUCUGA